CAUCCUUCUAUCCUUCACCACUCUUGAAUUCCACACCUCCUCAGAGGGCAUCUGAGGCUCAUCAAGAGACGAGAGGCUUGGAUUCAUGUCUUUACAAACCCCGAGCUUUUAACUAGCCACUAUCUGAAGCCACAGGCCUGGUAUGUUGAUCAGAUCUGGUUCUGAGCUCUUAAUAUUUAGGAUCUAGAUUUUUAGACCUGCAGAAAUCUUGGACCAUGACCGUGAGUCGAGUGCUGCAGCUGUCUAUUUUGCUGGUGGGACUCUGUCAGGCCCACUGUACCACAUCACCAAGUGGUCUCUCACAGGAGGCAGGUGAGGCCCUCGUGUCCCAGCUGAGGAUGCUUUCGCUGGGACUCGCUCACCUGCUGCAGGGGGUGGAGGAGAACACCAAGCAGCUGGAGCAGCAGGGAGAGAAGGUGGCAGCUGAGCUGGACAGGACCAUGAAGACUCUGGAGAACCAUCACAAGCAGAAUUUACAGGCAAGACGGCUCACAGGCAGGUGAGAAAGGACCUGCAAGUACUGAGUGCCAGGGGGGACAGGUGUGGAGGGCGGUCAAAAAUCUGCAGAAGGGGCUGGAGGAUCUGGAGACGGAGCAGGUAGCCCCUCAGCACCGAAUGAACCGGAUCCUCCAGAGAGUGAAGAGCCUGACCGAGCCGAGGUCGGGGGAUCAAACUCAGCUCGACGUCAGCUCCAU